UCAAAGGAUUACUUUCUAUUUAAGUGUUUGUCACGUGCAGUUGCUGAUAAAAACGUUGCCAGGUCGUUAUUUGACUGCUUUUGUUUUAUAUUAUCAACUUGAUUGCAUAAGGUUAGGAAUAUACAGGGUCAAACUGUAGUUUCUAAUUCUUGAUAACAGAGGAGUUAGUCCUGAAUCAAAGUCUUCAGAGUGGUAAUUCUUUUGUAUUUUUCCUCUUCAGACCAGUUUUAUUUUUAAGGUUUAUUAUGAUAUUUUAUUGGAUCUUCAUGUAUAUUUUCAUCUUUGUUGCUGAUUGUUGUAGUGGAAAAAAUGCAUCUGUUACAUAUGACCAACAGACAGGAAAAUUUCUGAUUCAUGACUUUAUUGCUAAUAACUCUGUUUCGUAUGGAACAUAUGUGGAUGAAAUUUUCGUUACUGGAUGGUCAUACUUGGAAGUGAAGACUAGUGAUUUAUUCCCUGAUCCAAUACAAGCUUACAGUGCUGGCCUUGUUGAAGGAUUUCUGACUUCAGAUUUACUUAAAAAACAUUGGAAUAAUUUGGCUUCUGAUUAUUGCAAUGAAACAGAAGUAUAUUGCCAAAGUCUAUCAUCAUUUCUACAGAAAAAUUUAAAGUUUUUAAAUGAAAACAUAAAACUUAGAAGACAUAAUGAUUCAUAUUGGCAUCAGGUUGCUCUAACAUUAGAGCAGUUGCAUGGAUUAGAAGAUGGGUACAAGAAUAUUACCAGUAAGCCAUCUACAGAAGUAGAUGUUCUAGGCCUUUUAUUACUUAAUAUCAGAGGUGAUUUAGGAGAUAUAGAAGCUGUUCUUAAAAAAAAUAAUAGCAAAAAAGUGCUCACUGGUGCAUCAUGCUCAGCAUUAGUGAAAGUUCUUCCAAAUAACAGAGAAUUGUAUGUUGCCCAUGAUACCUGGUCUGGUUAUAAUACUAUGCUGCGUAUUUUAAAAAAGUAUAUUUUCAACUUCCAUGCUACCAUGAAUAAAGAUUCUCCUGUUAUUCCUGGUCAUACAUGCACUUUCUCAUCUUAUCCUGGGCUCAUAUUUUCUUUAGAUGAUUUUUAUCUUAUUUCAUCUGGUCUUGUUACUCUAGAAACUACAAUUAAGAAUAGGAAUGAAAGUUUAUAUAAACUUAUUACUCCAGAAGGAAUAGUGUUAGAAUGGCAAAGGAAUAUCAUUGCCAACCGAUUAGCAGAAGAUGGUAAAAAGUGGACAAAAAUAUUUGAAAAGAUGAACAGUGGCACGUAUAAUAAUCAUUGGAUGAUAGUAGACUAUAAAAAGUUCCUGCCUGGAAAGCCUCUUGAAGAUGGAUUGUUGUGGGUGUUAGAACAGCUACCUGGUUAUAUUCAUAGUAAGGAUGUGACAAAAAUUUUGAAAGAGGAACGCUAUUGGGCAUCAUAUAACAUUCCCUAUUUUUCAGAUAUCUACAAUUUAAGUGGAAGCUAUAUCAAUCAACUGAAAUAUGGCGAUUCUGUUUCAUAUGAAAAAGCUCCACGUGCUUUGAUAUUCAGACGAGAUCAGGGAAAAGUUUCUGAUGUAUCAAGUAUGACCAAACUUAUGAGAUACAAUGACUAUAAAAACGAUCCUUUGUCACGUUGCAAUUGUACACCUCCCUAUAGUGCACAAAAUGCUAUUUCUGCUCGUUGUGAUCUGAAUCCUGCUAAUGGAACCUAUCCAUAUGCUGCUUUAGGACAUAGACAGCAUGGAGGUUUAGACAUGAAGCUAACAACAUUUGAUCUGUUCAAAAACCUGGAAUUUGUGGCAAUUGGAGGGCCUACAUAUGAUCCUCUACCUCCGUUUCAAUGGAGCAAAUCAGAUUUUGAUAAAGAAGUGAAACAUGAAGGCCAUCCUGAUCUGUGGAAAUUCAAGCCUAUAAUACAUAAAUGGAUUAACUGAGCUGUUUUUAAGUUUGUGAUAUGUGCUAUAAUUUUAUAUAAAUUAAAUUUGUGUAAAGAAUACCAUUUUAACAGAUAAAUUAUUAUAAUGAAAUAAAUGUAUUAUUUACAUUAAUAUUUUCAUAGUAUAAAGUUGUUAAACAUUUUAGUGUAAGUCAUUUUUAUAGAUUUAAAAAAAAUAAAAAUGUGUUUGAAAUAUGAUACAACAGCAAAUUUUGUUUUUCUGCCUGAUUAAAUAUUCUAUAUGUAACUGGAUUAGCAUUUAUUAUGUGAACAAAUUUACACUCAUUUGUAUUACGAAAAUCUUAACAUAUAGGAACUGCUGAAAAUUUAUGUGUUUACAAUGAAACUUUUAUGCAUUAAAAUGAUGAACUAAUAAUUCAAUUAGAUAUGUAUUCAUUUUUUAAUCUUUAAUUAAUGCUAGCAUAAUAAUAGUACACUCAAUGAGAAGAGAUACUGAAAGUAAACAGAAGCAUAUGGAAUUCAGUGAUAUCAGUAAUAUCAUAGAACAAAUAAGUCUAAAACAGAUGGUUAUUCUUUUAUCUUUGGAAUUUGAAUGCUUUUUAUAUUUUAAAAUUAUGAUGUCAUACAACUAUUUAUUAGUUACAAUUAUAUCAUUAAAGUAGAAGAAGAAAAAUAUCAUUGCUUAAUGUUUACUAUUUUUAAUAUAUAGCACUUGGCAUUUCACUAAUGGAAAAUGAAUAAAAUAAAUACUUGAUAUUAUAUGCACUUGAGUGGUUGAAUAAGUUUUUGGCCUUUAUGCAUAUUUUAGAUUGAUUUUCUCUUGUUAAAGUAACUAAAGGCAAAAUUAUAUAAAUAUCAAUAUAGUAUAUAUAUUUCAAAAUCGUCAGUUUAGCAGAAAAGUGGUAUACUUUUUCUUUAUUUUGUCUUUCUUUGUGUUUUUACUUUCUGUUGUUCUUUUUAAUAAGUGAACCUUAAAAAUAUUUUCUGUGGGGAACAAUUUUGCGUAGUUCUUAUUGCCAAAUUUUUUAAUUCUUCCAAAAUAUCAAUCAGUUUAUGAUUAUUUUGUUCAAUCUAUAAAUUUGUAUCUUAUGACAAGUAAUAAAAUGUAUUAUUUUUGAGA